AUGCUCAUCCUCCUCUCCCUCCUUGCCCUAGUGGCCUCCUUGUUAUCAGUAAGGGCAGCGCCCUCUCUCAACUUUCCUCUGGAUGAACAGCAACCGUCAGUAGCAAGGGUAAACUCAGAAUUUGUCUUUGAGUUACUCCCUUCAACAUUCAAUUCGACCUCAUCUACCAAUCUCACAUAUACAACCUCAACCCUUCCUUCCUGGUUAUCAUGGGACUCACCGAGUCUCGCUUUCCACGGAACACCCGCCUUGGAAGAUGAAGGAGAACAGGAUAUAAUCUUGACAGCAAGUGAUGGAAGUGGAUCAACGGAAUCUUCAUUCACCCUCAUUGUCUCCAAUUACUCCGUUCCAGCUGUACACCAAUCGUUCUACACUCAAAUCAGCCAACCUAACUUGUCGGUCAUCUCAUCAGCUACGAUCAUGCCUGGGGGAACGGGUGUGACCAUCCCUCCUUAUUGGUCAUUCUCCUUGGGGUUCCAGACCGACACAUUCAGAAUAUCGAGGAAUGAACCUAACAAUGGACAGUUGUACUAUGCUGCCCAUGGUAGAGGAAGCAUUGGCUUACCAUCGUGGUUGACCUUCAACAAUCAGACUUUCACAUUUGAAGGUGUAGCACCGGCAGAAGGAAGUUAUACGGUAGUAGCUACAGGAACGGAUUUCUGGGGAUAUACAGGUGCUCAAACUAGUUUUUCUAUCCAGGUGGGACAAGGCGAAGCUAUAGAAAUGGCUAGAAACCAAAAUCUCUCCAAUGCUCAAACCAUGGCGAAGAACCAGUUAAAUCAGCAGAUAGAUCUUAGUGGUGUGACUAUUGGUGGGAAUGCUGUAGACAAUGAGGAUGUAGUGCUUAGUCUAGCAAGUAAUGAUUAUCCUUGGUUAUCCAUCGAUAGCUCAAACGACAGUUUGGUUGGUACCGUACCAGAUCAAUACCAGAAUGGAACGUUUGCUUCCCUUUCUGUCCCCGUCAACAUCCGAUCUACCAACACUUCCAAUACCCUUUACAUGACUACAUGGCUGGGCAUUGACAUCUUGCCCUACUUCUUUUCCACCUACACCCUUCCGAAUACCACAGCUACUCUAGGACAAUCUUUCGAUUUCGACGUCACCUCAUAUCUCCUCAACAGAACAGCUACUGUAAACGCUACUGUCGUCCCGCCAGAGGCUGCUACUUGGUUGAAAUUUGAUACCAAGAACAUGUCCUUGUAUGGUUCCGCCCCAUCUUCGAUGGAUUACAACAGAGUAGAAGUGGUUUUUGAAGCGUCCAUAGGCGAUCUGGUGGCGACUUCCAAGUUGAAUGUCAAUAUCCCUCAAGUUACUCAAACUUCUACCAAUACCGGUACUGCCGCUGUUCCGACUUCAUCUACUGGUAGUUCCGGUGGAAAAGGUAUAUCCAAAGGCGCCAAAAUUGCAGUGGGAGUUGUUCUCGGUCUUUUACUAUUGGUCACCAUCAUUUUGAUCUUGUUAUUCUGUUGCUGUCGAAGAAGAAAGAACAAGAAGCCAGCCAGGAAAGACGAUGAUAACGAUUCAUUCGUCGCCACUUCCCCAGUCACUGUUCAAGACCCAUUCAGGAGAUCAAACAGUUUAGACCCACCUAGGAACUUGCUUGGUGAAAUUGCUAGAUUCUCCGGAUUGAACUUGCGAUCAGGAGAUGCCAACGAGAAGAAUAUGCCUCUCAGUCCAGCAUCUUUGAGUACCGAUGCUACGAUGGUACAAGAGAAACCCACUAGAUUAGAUGGAUUAAAAGGUAUUUUCGGAUGGAAUCACAAGGAAGAAUUGGAGAAUGAGAAACCAGCUAUCAUCUCACCUCAGAUCCUAAGUGAUUCAAGGAGCUUCAUAGGAUACCCCGAUGUGAUUGGUGUGAAUGAUCCUGUCAAUCGACCUUCCCAAGAUGCGAGCUCCUUCACCCAGUCGUUCAUCUCGGAAUCAUCUAGAGCAAGUUGGCAGUCACGAGAAUCGUUCCAUUGGUCAUCCGUAGACGACGGUGAAGGUGAAGAUGAAGUAGCUUCAUUAGGUGCUGUGGGUGGUAAUAGGAUUUCAACUGCUUCUUCCAUCCCUAGACCUCGACCAAAUUUCACACCUCGCUAUCCCCGACACCAGAAUCCCAGUGUAUUAGCUCGAAUGGUGGAUUUGGAUGAUACUGGUUCGCAUGCCAGUUUUAGUGAAUUCCAUUCAUCUCAAGAAGGACAUCAUAGGGAUAGUUCACAGAGUGGAUCCAAUUUCGAUUCAUCCGGAUUCGACCAUUCGUCAAACUCCAUGAUGGCCUCUGGAUCCAUAUUCAACUCUCAAUCUGGAUCGUCGUUCCCUGCUGGACCAAGUGGACUGAGCAGGUUUGGUGAAUCUGGUGGAUUCAAAUCGAAUGAUACAGAUGAUGAAGAUGCGUUCUCGGUCGAGGGUCCAGCAGUAGUCGCCAUGGCGGAAAGACAAUCUUUCGAAACUCGUAGACCCCAACGACAGGAUUCAAGGAGUCAUCCGAGACUCAAAGAAUCCCUGAGCGGUGUGUUCUCAGAUGCGGAUGACGUAGCGAGAAGAUCGACGAUAUACGCCCCAAGCGAGGGGAAUCAAGAUGAGAAUAAUCCAGGAUUGGGAUAUCCUGCUUCAGCGAUUUACUUUGGUUCUCAGAAUGGAGAGAUUGAGACUGAGGGAUAUACGAGUCAACGUACCUCAACGAUGGAUCAGAAUAACAAUAGAGGAUCAACUAUAAAGGUUAUACCUAACAAAUCUGGUCAGACACCUUUAUCACCUGCUUUACCUCAAGUGGGAAGUUUCAUAAGACACCGACGGACCAACACCGGUUCAGCAGGAGCAACGAAAGCUAUGAUCCGACCCACAUCUACUCACUCAAACGGUGCUAACGACGGUCGAGUCACGGCUGUAGCCAACGAAACAUUCUCUAUACAUCCUCAGAUCAAUCCUCCUCCGACUGUAUCACUCUCAGCUGCCACCUGGUCUUCCAAUCCCCCUUCGACGUAUAGAGCAGAAGUGGAAGGUGGUGGUAAUUUACCUACGUGGUUACAUUUCGAUUCGAGGGAAUUGGAAUUAUGGGGUGUCCCACCGCUUAGGAUUACUGGCGAUGUCACCACCAUCAGGAUAAUAGAGAGAUUACCCAGAGACAAUAGGCGUUCGGACCCGAUGAGCUUCGGAUACGAACCUCCUCAGGAAAGAGAAGUUGGUAGAGUGACUAUCGAAGUCACAGAUAGGUUGAAAUCACCUCAAUUCGCUUUGGAAGGUUCACCUCACGCUUUAUGA